UCUCUCUCUCUCUCUCUCUCUCUCUCUCUCUCUCUCUGCAUAUAACCUGGAUUAAGGUGUUUUGUGGAAAACAUUUGAUAUAUACAGAGAUAGAAUGGUGCAGUUGUUUUUAUCUGAACCAGCCUGGAGCGACGAUGGAGAUGACGAAUCGAUUGGGCAGAGAAUAUCACUCUUGCAUGAUAUGGAGUCUGCUAUCUGGUCGUUGAUGUCCUCUGGUGGAGGUCGAUCUGAGGCGCGUUUAUGGCUUUGUAAAACUCUUUCAGGCAUAAGUUCUGUCUCUCCUCGCCAUCAACGUGAGCUUUUUGUGAAACUGUUGAGAUCUAAACCACUUAAGCGGGGCCUAGCAGCUCAAGUUUUGCAGAUGAUCUUUGAGAGGCUGCCACACAAAGCAGGGCCUUUAUUAGCGAAGAGAAGCCACGUGUUGGAGAAUUUCUUUAGAGGAAAUCCAAGACGCAUCUUGCAGUGGUUCUCCAAUUUCUCCGGUAGUGGUGAUAUGGGGCACAGAAAGGGGGCUAAAGCAUUAUCCCAGUUUGCUUUUGUUAAUCGAGACAUUUGUUGGGAUGAGCUUGUGUGGAAAGGAAAACAUGGGCAAUCACCUGCCAUGGUUGCUACAAAACCUCAUUACUUUCUUGAUUUGGAUGUCCAACGAACAGUUGAGAAUUUUCUUGAAUAUGUGCCUGAAUUUUGGACAUCGAAUGAGUUUGCUGAUUCAUUGAAAAAUGGUGAGAUUUUGUCCAUUGAUACAAAAUUCUUUGUAGAUUUGUUUUUUGACUUGAUCUAUAAAGAAGAACUGAAAGAAGCAUGGGAAGUCAUAAAUGAGUUUUUGAUGGAGGAAUCUUUCUCAUCUUUAUGUCACCACCUUCUUAUCAUUCUUGAAGAGCAGGACUUGGAUGUCUUUCUGGAAUGGAUUCCUAACUAUCUCCACUCAGGGUUUGAAUCUAUGAAUUUUUGUAAUUCAUCUCGGUGGCUUGAAACUGUACUUUCAAUGUCCAGUGGAUAUGGUUCUAUGGAUCAUCUACUUUUGUUGAAUGCUGUUGUUAGUCAAGGUCGCCAGCUUCUGCGGCUUGUACGUGAAGAAGAGAAUCAGGAGGAAAAAGUAAAAAUCAAGGCUAUAGUGUCACAGAUUCACACACUCUCUAGCCAUGCCAAUAUUUUGGCCCCAAUAUUGAAGGAAUGCUUCAAGAAAAAAAACAUAGAAUCGAUAAAGUGGUUGGGGCUGCAGACUUGGGCUCUUCACUACAGAUUAUCAGAGGAAUGCCAGACUCCUGAAUCCUGGGAAGCGUUGUUUGUUAGCAAUGGAAUAAGUUUUCGCAAGUCAGACAAGUAUGCAGUUUUACAUCGUGAUGCAUUUUUAGAAGAGAGUGGGACUGACUUGAACGAAAGGGCUUCAGUUAGAGUCAAGCACAAGAAGAAAGAAAAACAUAGAAAGAGAAGGAGAAGGAACCUUGAUUAUGAUGACAAUGAGAUGGUGGAUUUUGAUUUACCCAAUAACAGGUUGGUUCUGCAAUCUCAGCCCGGUAUUUGGUUGCUCUCUACUGAUGAUUAUUCUACUUCAUGGAACAGCGUAGAUUUGCCGGAACACCUAUCAAACCAUUGCUUUUCUACGUGGAUGAGGUGGGUUUUCUCCAACUGGCAAGACAUGGAUUGAGAUAAACUUCUUGUCCAAAUUCAUUUGCGGUAGACAAGAUGAUCUGGAUGAACUUUGGAGAAAUGGAGAGUUCUAGCUGUGCAGUGCUGAUGGUGAUACUUUGGCAUUUGAUAUCAUUUCAGAGGCUCAAGAUAUGAUAUUGGAUCGAAGCCAUUGUACAGAUGUCCAUACCUAUUCUCUGUUCCUGCAAACCUUGGAUAUCUCAUCGAAGGAUGAUGCUUUAAGCUUCAUGCUUCACAGACUUGCAUGAGCAUGUUUGUUUUGUGGGUGCCAUACGGAGCUUUGCUUCUUCUGUUUAAUAGAUGAUGCCUUUUGGCUUCUGACAGCUCGUUACCCGACCAUGUUAUGAACGAGUUUCUUAAGUUCUGGAUUUCGUUGGCAGUUACUGAUGAGAAGAGUUUACUUUGCACUUUCUGGUGGACAUGAACUUGCGAGACCUCUUAUUUCUAUUUUGCCUCUGCCAUGCUUAUUAUGUUAUUCUGUACCCAACCAAUUCUCGAAUGUGAUGAGGAGGGUUCAAGUGUUUGACGUCUUCAUUACUUGCAAAAAUCCGUUUUCAUGAUUUGAAUCCGGGAUGUAUAUGUUAUAGGGGAACAACUUCACCAGUACAUCUAAACUUGCCUCUGGUUUGGGUUAGUGUAAACACGUAGAAACGGAAAGAGAGCUUCCAGUGUAUCUCCUACUUUACGUUUCACCUGCAUAAGUGGAACAUGUAACCCGAAGGUAUGCAGUUACC